AUGUAUGGCAGCCAGGGGCCAAUAUUGUUGUCAGAAGAAAAUCAAAGCCGGAACGCGCCCGGCCCCGCCGGAGGGGAAGCCCAGCUGUACCCAGAACCCAUCCACCGACGGUCGCCCUGCCCUUCAGGACCGACUGACGGUGACGCGUCGCGCAGGUCCCGCAUCAUCACGGACAAGAAGCCACCGAUGUCCCCCCCCGUCCCUUCGGGGCGGGUGGGUAGACAAGAAAACGGAUUUUACAAUCCACCCGCAGCCACAACAGUGAAACUCGCGACCCACCCGGUCCCCUCGGAUAGGGUGGGUAGUUCGCAACGCGAGUUUCACGAAGUACCCGACGACACCAACAUCCCGGAAUCCACCUACGGCCCCUCAGAGCCGUGGCAACCUGACUUCGAUGGCCUCAUCGAAGCCCUCGGACGCCCCUACGCACCACCCCCAUGGGUAGCCCCAGACCGACUUUCUCCUCGCGGGCAACUUGAUCGUGUUUGUAUCAAGGCUGCCAGCUUGGCGCAAGUCGGUCACAUACCUCCACGCCCGGAAGUAUGGCCAACAGCCUUCCCCAGGCUGUUGGGGCACGCCCCUGGGACAGCGGAGCAGUCCCAGGAAGAAGCCCAACCGCAGUGCCACCAGGACGAGCACCCCGUCACUCCUCAACCUUCGGCAGUUGGGGAGAGGCCGGAGUGCAGCACGCCCGACAAGCAGGACCAGGAAGGGUCCUGUGACACCACCCCGCCACCGACGGACCCGCGACCCCGCGCCAGCCCCGGAGCCGCCCCGCAGCCUCAACAAGGCCCCUCAAAGGGCCCCACCAAGCAAGACGCCGCACUUACAGAGGCCCCCAAGUCGGGAGCUACUGUACCUGCCCCCCCGGCCCCCGCGCCGGCAUCUACACCCGCAGCCCCUGACAUCAACCACGCAACCGCCGCAGCCCCGCAGCUGCGCCUAAUUAAAACGCCUGAGCACGCCGAACGCUCGGGCCCCCGCCGCCUACUGGGCAUCGCGCCGCUCCAUGCGCGCCCCCCGGAUAACCGCCGGCAGCGCCAGCGCCCACAGGGCACAGGAGCAAGCCGAAAAAGGAGGAGACACCACCAACCGGGCACCGCGCCGCUCCACGCACGCCCUCCGGACAGCCGCCGACAGAGGGAGACAGCCCACAGCAGCAACGUGGCCCCACAGCCACAAAGCCACUGA